AUGCAUAACCAAGCGAGGAAAAGGAGGUGCUUGUUCUUCGUUGCAGCAAAGUCUGAAACGGACACAAGGGGAGAGAAGCCCAAGCAUAAGUUUAGUAUCGGAGUUAGCAUCGUAAUUACAGGAGGAAUCCGUAGUACCCGGAGAAAACCCACGCAGGCACGGGGAGAAAGUGCAAACUCCACACAGGAAGGCUUCUGGUCCCUAAAAUUGGCUGGCGACCAGUUUUGGGCGUAUGUCAUUUCUCUCACCAGUCAGUCAGACAGUCAAUCAGGAGGAGAGAGAGAGAGAGACAAUGGAGAAGUGGGACAGGACCUGCACCUCUGCACUGUGAAGCCGCAAGCCAGCACCAUCUUUCUUCCCUCCCCGUCCUUCCAUCCAGUUGACAAGUGUCAGUGUCGCUCCUCGGCCUCUAUCCACCUGCCAGUGUUUGUCUUCCAGUCUAGCUCCGCGUGUCUGCGAGGGAAACGGGGAGGGAGGAAAAGCCAUCAGGUGGAUGGACGGAGGAUGGGCGGAGCUGGAAAGAAAAGAAAAGAACAUCUGUGGUACCGCCAUCAGGAGUUUCCAUCGGGGAAAAAAAAACCCCAGACGUCUGUGCAAGCUUUAUCAGGAAGGAGUGUGGCGAGUGAGACAGAGGGGAGAUUUUUAUAUUGUUGUGACUGGACUUUCUUCGUUUGCUUUCACCAUCCGUGAUUGUAAACAAACACCAUAGGAACACAAGAAACACGUGUAGCUAUACUUUGUUUGACAUGUGUGAACAAAACAGGGGCGGAGUCAGAACUUGGCACACAUUUACAAAAUUUUACCCAAACACGCAUAAUACAAACAGGUAUAAAUCAAAGUUUUAAAAAAGCAACAUUUUGCUGAUCUUAAUUUAACAGAUAUCUUUUUCUUUGCUUUUGUGUGUAUUUCCUUGUCGACUUGUAUCUCAUGCUCCGAUUGGCUGUUAGCUAGCCAAUCAGAGUGAUCAAUUGCCGUAUUAUUUAGGAUUGUAUGAAAACAGUAGGGGCGGGGGGGGGGGGUGUUCACAUGUUUAUUCAACAUUUAAAAAUACUCCCUGAAUAUGUAUUAUAGUUUCUGUACAUUUUUGCAUCCUGCUAAAUUCUUUUAAGUGCGGCCAUAAUAUUGAAAGUUCAUUUACUAGAAA